GUGUUAAAUCAACUCGAAGUGUUUAAUCUGUAAGCCUAAUCCUACAAAGACAGAAGAGAGAAAUGAUGAGUUACAUAGCACUAGCCUCUCUUCUUUGGCUUUCAGUUUCAUUUUCAACUUCCAAUCCAACUCACGAAACUUUUAUGCAGUGCAUGUCUACACAAUUUGGUGCCUACACCAAAUCUGUCCAAAUAGUAUUCCACACAUCAAACUCCUCUAUCUAUUCAAACUUGUUGCAAUCUUCACAACAAAACCCUAGAUGGUUGAAUUCAACAACAGCUAGACCUCUACUUAUCAUUACACCAUUCCAUGAGAGUGAAAUCCAAGCAGCCAUUCUCUGCAGCAAAAAGCAUGGCUUACAAAUCAGAGUCAGAAGUGGAGGCCACGACUAUGAAGGCCUAUCCUACCGAUGCAAAACCCCAUUUAUAAUUGUCGACCUCAUCAAUCUUCGAUCAGUUGAGUUAAAUCUUGCAGAUGAAACAGCCUGGGUUCAGUCUGGGGCAACACUUGGGGAGCUUUACUACAGGAUAUGCCCCAGUGUAGGGGUAGGAGGGCACUUUAGUGGCGGUGGAUUUGGUACCUUAUUAAGGAAGUACGGCCUUGCAGCAGAUAAUGUUCUAGAUGCUUACCUGAUUGAUGUUAAUGGAGAAAUUCUUAACAGAAAAGCAAUGGGAGAGGAUUUGUUUUGGGCCAUUAGGGGGGGAGGUGGAGCAAGCUUUGGAAUCGUUCUUUCAUGGAAAAUCAAGCUGGUUCGACUGCCGCCAAUAGUGACAGGCUUCACCAUUUCUAAAACACUUGAGCAAGGUGCCACCAAGCUUGUCAGCAGGUGGCAAUACAUAGCAGAUAGGCUACAUGAAGAUCUCUUUAUUAGAGUCAUAGUUCAAGAUGUGGGUAAUGGGAGUAAAAAAACUAUCCAAGCUUCCUUCAAUUCACUCUUUCUUGGAGGAAUUGAGAGACUAAUUCCAUUGAUGAAUGAAAGCUUCCCAGAGUUGGGACUGCAGGCCCAAGACUGCAAUGAAAUGAGUUGGAUACAGUCCGUACUCUAUUUUUCCGGAUACCAAAAGGGGGAUCACUUGGAGGUCUUACUGGACAGGAGCACUCUCUACAAGAGCUUCUUCAAGGCGAAAUCUGACUUCGUGCAGGAACCCAUACCAGAAGUUAUACUGGAAGAGAUAUGGGAAAGGUUUCUGGAAGAACAGUUAGUGUUCAUCAUCAUGGAUCCUUUUGGUGGACAGAUGAAUGAGAUUUCCGAAUCUGAAAUUCCUUUUCCUCAUAGAAAAGGAAACAUUUACAACAUACAGUACUUAGUGAAGUGGGAAGUAAAUGGGAUUACGGCAUCCAGCGAGCACAUAAACUGGAUUAGAUUGCUUUAUGACUACAUGAGGCCUUAUGUUUCCAAACAUCCUACGGCUGCCUAUCUAAACUACAGGGAUCUUGAUUUAGGUGCCAACAAGCCGGGUAACACAAGUUACUUGGAAGCACGAGUUUGGGGCACAAAGUACUUCAAGGGUAACUUCAAGAGAUUGACGAAGGUGAAGACCAAGGUUGAUCCAGACAAUAUCUUCAGAAAUGAACAGAGCAUUCCUGUGUGUACUGCACCCAAUUUCUUCGGAUGCAAUUAA